AGGGAGGGAGUAAUAUAAGAGAGGCAGCCAUAGAGGGAGAGGUGACAGAGUAGAUUAUCCUCCUCUUCUCUCCUCCUCUCUGCCAGCCUCAUCAUGUUCAUGCUGCAGAUGUUGACUGUUAUCUCCCUGACUGUUAUUCUCCUGGCUUCUGUGGAAGGUAAAGGAGUGCAGAUGCAAAGGGAUGUCCAGUGCUGCAUGUUGUACUCCCAGGGCAAGGUGCGUACCAAAGAUGUGUUGCGGUUUGAGGUGCAGACGGAGGGGCCCGACUGCAGUAUACAAGCCAUCAUUCUUUACACAAAGAAGGCGGUGAAGUGUGCAGACCCCAGAGACCGGAAGGUGAAGAGGUUGCUGAGAAAGCUCCUGCAGAGACAGAGAACCAAGGCCCACCGAACCAUGUGGCUCCUUCCUCAUGACAACCUGCCCGUCAUGUCAGAGGACAAGAAAGAUAACUGGGCAGUUCUCAAUGUGGAGUGAUGGAGCGCCGUCAAAUAUGGACGAAAACUCAUAGUCAUAAGCCAAGUAAACUUUCAGCAGCUCGUCAUCUUUACACGGCGCAGCUCACUGACUCUCCAGUCGUCUCGUGUCUCUCUCUAUCUACACUAUCCGUCUCCCUGGGACCAGACCUGGGCAGCAAUACAUAUUUAAAUGGCUUUAGAUAUUUAAACAUGAACUGUGCUUGAAAUUUUCUCAAACACAUGGCUGGAACAGUCUUAACAGAGGAGUAUUUACUUGUAAGAUAAGUUGAACUGAUUUUUUUUUUUUUUAAAUGGCUCAUACUGUUAUUUGCCAGAGUCUGCCUGGAAGUGUCUCCCUCUUCAACAUCACUACUCGUGGCUGAUGUGAGAUCAGUGAACAAGGUGUAAUUUAGCAAACGAUGAACGAGCAGUGAUAUUUAUAGAAUAUUGUAUAUCAGCAAGAUACUCUAUGCUUAUUUG